GCGCCAACGCUGUGACCCGUCGGCAGCCGACCGGAGCGGAUCAAAGUCAGAUGUUGACAAUCGGGAAACGAUGUCGCCGUCUUUCUCGCGCGCGUCGCCGACCAUUACCUCCUCCAGUAAUCGUGAGCCCGCGGUAAGUGCGCGGGCCGUCCAUCGCGUCCGUCGCGUUUUGACGAUGACGACAACGACGACGCGUUCGGCGUCCUUGUAAAAUAUAUUGGAAGGGAGAUUUAACGCCGCGCCGCGCCGUUGCUCCGAUUGAGGACGGCCGUGCGACGUUCAUUCUUCGCACGUGCACGUCGCGUCGCCAACAGCGUGAACGAGGUAUCGAUUCUUUUGAGCGCGAAGAGAAAGGGACUUAUAUCGGAGCGAGGGAGCGUCGCCGUGUGCGAAAAAGCGCCGCGUCGCGGCGCGUCGCGUCGCGUCGCACGACGCCUCGUUAAAACACGCGUAUUCUGGCGGCCCAUUCUACCCGUCUACAGCUGAGCGUGACGCACGAUCGCAGGCGAUAACGCACACCGAGGAGACGCACACACGCCGCAACGACAACGUCACAUCUCGAUGGUGAAGCUGCGCAAAGUGGUGCCUGGCGAUGGCGGCAGUUCCUCGCGACGGCGAUUCUUCACUGCGACCGGAGAUUGCCUUGCCAUUUCCGGCUAUACGUCGCGCAAAGGAUAUCGGAGAAAACAUCUUACACGUGUACAAGUGCUGAGGAUGCUGACACCGAGACGAGCGGGACCAGUGGGCCCCGAAGAGAUCGGAGAUGGACCCGACGACAAGAAUGCGAGCAACGUGACGAGCGGCUCGGUCACUCCAGGCGGUUCCUACGAGCAUGGCGACAACUCUAAGGAGUUUCUGUCGACUGGGAGGACCGGCAGGAGAAACGCGUUACCGGACAUCCUCGGCCGACACGCCGAGACCGGCCUCUCCGAUCUGUCGGAUCGGUUUGAGGAGAUGUCCACUGACACAGAUCAUUCUAAUAACAGUGGACAAGAUCCGAGCAUACCGGGUACCUCGAAACAGCAUGGUUGACAUGCCCAAGGCUUCAUAGCGAAUUUUGUUAUCGUGACAAGACAGCCUUCCUGAGCAUCAUCGAUGACAUCGACGAGAACAUGAUGAAAACACGUACCGUUUUUGUGAACGAAGUUCUCAUUUAUGCUUCUUGACUCAUGUUGUAGCGAUAGAAUGUAUUGACUGACGCGUGUAAACGACAAACGGAACACGCGCUUUUUGUUGUUUCUGCAAAAACAUGUUAAAAUUUAAUGAGAAAGAAAUUUGGACUCGAAGGAAACCAUAAGACAGGAGAUUAUAGUUGAAGGGUUCAAUGUAAGAAUGCAAGACUUUAAAUUGUAAUGUUCACUUUUGACUACGAAAGAGAUUGUACCUAAAGUUUAAAAUUUCUUUUUAAUAUGGUUUUUAUUAUUUUGUUAUGUAAAUUGCUAGCUUGUAAGUAAAUUAUUACAAAUUAUAAAUUUAUUUUACUUUUACAGUGAAUUUUUCAAAGUACUUUUUGAUUGAAGAAAACCAAUAAUUUUCGUUAUUAAGGUAAGAUUGAUUUACAAUUUGAUAAUAAAAUAUUGGCAAGAUUAAUUUCGCUAAACAGAGAAAAUCCCAGCUUGUGUGAGAUAUUAUAAUUCUCUCAGAUUAUAAAAGUAAAAGAUACGAUUCGAUUCACAGUAAAUGAUACAAAAGAUGAAAUUUUUUUCCUUUCUCUUUCUGAAAUGUAAAAAUUACUAAGCUAAGUUUGAACAGUGUAUUUCAAAUAUUACACAUUUUAUAUAUUGGGCAAUUAAAUAUUUUCUCUGUUAAAUAAUUGAAAAUUUUUAUUAUAUAUUUCUCUACACAGUGCUUGAGGCAUAUAUUGCACAUGUAUUAAAAUCGGCGAAAUAUAAUGCUUGACUCAGCUUUGGCUUUAUUAUAAUAAUGAUACCGUUAAAAAAUACAGUAAUAUUGUGAUAUAUGUAUAAUAUAAUAGAGUAACAAAGUUUCUACUUUUUAAAGCCGUUUUAUUUUAUAUGCGAUUAUCGAUGAAUAUUUCGCGAGAAAGGAGCCAAUGAAAAACAUGUGCCAUCAAAAAGGUUUUAUGGAACCAGUUUAAACUUUGCGCUAUUAUUAAAUUUUACAAGUUCCGCCCUAUAUGGAUAAUGCAGCGAGAGAACUACGCUUUUAAUAAUUGAGAACGGCAUUGAUAUUGGCAUUAAUAUAUAUAAUAUCCGUGAUACAAUACGAGUAUUAAUUAUAAAUCAAUAUGAAAUAUAUAGUAGAAACUGGCAUUUUUUCUAAAACUACGUACUCAUUUUACGUAUGAUAUCGCUGUAUUAAAUUCAGAUUUAUUUAUUAAUUUAGUUGAAGUUAGAUUUUAACAAACAAUGAUCUCAUUCAAAAUUUCCAUCAACAAAAUGUCAAAGAGAAUUUCAAAAUUUAAUAUGGCCGUAAUUUCUAUACGCUUUUGAAAUUAAAUGCCAUCUCUUUGUUAAUAAAUUCUAUCGCAAAGAUUUUCGCAAAAUGAGAAAAUAUUCGAGACCCGAUAAGUGAUUUUUUUGACACAAUUUCAAUGAAUAUGGAAUGAUAUUUUCGCCCGCGAUAUUUCGAGUAAAAUUAAUUCCGAGGAAUUACGGUCAUUAUUUUUUUUUAUACGUUUAUUGCGAAAACUGUUACGAAAGCGCUUGUAAGAUUUAAUUAUGAAAUACAAUAUCGUCGCAUAAUUUCAUUAAUGUUGCGCGUUUAACUUGAGUACUCGUUACCUAACGAGUGUCCCUUCUCAUUAACGUUGUACAACUGUAGAAGCGACCUACAAACCCCGACAUGUUUCUAGUGGCCGAAACACAAUUAGAUAUUUGUACAGAUGGAAUUAAGCGAUUAAUAGCGUGUAAUUGCGCAUGAUAGCGGACAUGUGUACAUAUAGAUAUAUUGAGGGUGAUAUGUUUCACUCGUCUUUCAAGUCGAUACCGUUUCGGCGUUGUCCUCAAUUUUUACGAACACGAGCAUGACUAGUGUAAUCAAUGAAUAAGAUAUGUUCUUAGGGUAUGAUUAAGUCUGUACAUAGGCACGUAUUGCGUUGUAACGUGUAAUCGUAUUAGUCCGAUGUUUUUAAGGUACGUUUUACUACCUACGGCCGUCUGAUUCUCAUCUCGCAUUUGUUUGCGCCUUGAAUAUCAUUUUUAUGUUGGAGAGAGAUAAAGUUUAGGGUAAAAUUAGGUUUUUAGACAAAAAGCUAGGAAUCUAACAAAACUUAAGUAUAUGCGCGAUGAGAAUACAGUCUGUUUCAGUGAAAUAAAAUGAUUUUAGACUUGUAUAUGUAUCAACAUUCUUUGAAAACGUCGAAGCAUCCAUCUUUACGAAUUUAUUGAGAAGAGCGCAGUUGAGAAAAUAAUAGUAUAACUUAAACACGCUUUUUUAAACAAAAACGGUGGAUACAAUUAAAUAAUUGACAUUUACCUGUAACUCUUUUUCUCGAUAAGGUCAUACAUGUGGCGUGGCUUUAUCGCUUUUCAUAUUUCAGUCAUAUACUAUAUCGAAUAAAACUCUCGAUAAAUACGCUAAGAAUUGUGGAUCACACGUGUGAUAGGCAACAAUAUUGAUAAUGAUCUCUCUAAUCAGAAAUUCGUACAGCGCUUUUUGAUCGUACGACGCUUUAGUUUAAGAGUCAACUACGCGUUAUUUCUCUCCGCGUUUUCAUAAACAGAGAUUCGAGCAUCAAUAAUGUACUAUAUUUUUUUUUUUCACGCGUACCUGUUUUUCAUAGUCAAUAAUGGUAAUUACGCUUUCGAGAUAACGGUGGUCGUUGUUGUGGAUUUGUAGAUAAGUGCGAGUUUUAAUGGACUCGAUUCAUCCGAAGCGAUUAGUGUUUUUCAGCAAAAUAAUUCAGAGUAUGUAAAUCAACGAUUCGAUACGAUAAUGAGAUCGCUCCCUCGCGAUUGCUCCGCUGAAACGGUCUAUGAUACCGCUGCGAUUAUCGUUAAAAAAAUAAUAGAGAUCGAUCGCGACAUUAGAAUACGGUUGAGUCGCGUAUCCUCAUGGCCUUUGUGCGUGAAUGGUAUAGUGUCUCUUGUGUGGAGAACUUGUGCGCGCGGAGAAGAUUGACAUGAUUGUAAAACGAUGUGUACAUUACUUCUACCUGUGGGAACACAAUACACAAUUUUGAUUCGUA